AAUAACCGGAAAUGACACAUUUUGUCAACCAAAAUAAACGUUUUACAGUUACUCGACCAACGGUAAGGCCUACGUUCAUCAAUAAAAUACUUUAUUUUGAAAGUUCAAACUAAAAGUUCAUGUUUGUUUGACAUUUAGAGUGAAUGCUGGUCUGUUCAGGACGUUUUUGAGAGCAGCGAGUAGGCACGCGCUCACACUCAGAAGAAGUUUGUUGAGAGGUGUAACUGAGUUAAAGUUUACUCGGAUGUUUGAGUUCCCUCUUAUUUUCGAUUAGCCCCCAUCUUUAUUUUCCUCUGCAAUUUAGCUUUUUUUUAAGACAAACGCGUAAACUAGCGGUCGGUUGGUUAUCAGGGUCUGCUGCUGUCAAACUUUCGUUGACAUGGAUUCGUUGCACCGACGACAGACGGACUGAAACGUUUGGGAAUUACCACCAUUCACCAGCGGGUUACGACAAAACGGAGCAAUUGCAAAUCAUUUUUAAACAAGUUGUCGUUAAUUUUUUUAGCGAAAGACAUGCAGAAGUUCAACUCCACCGUUACCCACGGCAACACGCUGUCCCGGGACGCGGAGCUCCAGCUGCGGUUAGCUGACACCGGAGGAGCCGGGGACGGGAAGGAGAACGGCGGUGGGAAGCAUUUUGUUUCUCAACCUGAUGAGGAAACCUCGUUUUGCACCAAGAGGAAGAUGCUUGUCGGUUUGGAUUUAAUAUGCCUUUGUGUCGCCUCGAUCCCAUUCUUUGCGUGUGAGUUGAAGGCAGUGACUCCAUACAAACGAGGCUUCUUCUGUGGAGACUCCUCCAUCACCUAUCCUUACCUGGAGAGAGAGGCCAUCCCUGACAGCCUGCUCAUUGCUGGUGGUAUAGCCAUCACUGGCCUAACAAUUGCACUGGGUGAAUGCUACCGGGUGCGUUUCCGAGGUGCACACUCGCGGGCUUUUGUCCGAAACUGCUAUGUGUCGUGCCUGUAUAAGGAGCUGGGAAGCUUCCUGUUUGGUUGCUGUGUGGGUCAGUCACUCACCAAUAUGGCCAAGCUAAGUGUGGGACGCCUGCGACCCAACUUCCUGUCUGUCUGUAACAUCACCUAUGCGUCCAUCAACUGCACUCCGGGCAGCUACAUUUCCCAGGUCACCUGCAGGCAGCCUAAUCAGAAGAUGGUGGAGGAAGCAAGGAAGUCUUUUUUCUCCGGCCAUGCUUCCUUCGCAAUGUACACCAUGCUCUACUUGGCAUUCUAUCUGCAGGCGCGGUUGUCGUGGCGAGGAGCUCGGCUGUUGCGCCCACUAAUACAGUUCCUCUUAGUGAUGAUCGCCAUCUACACUGGCCUGAGCCGCAUCUCCGACUACCGUCACCAUCCCAGUGACGUCGUCACAGGCUUCAUCCAAGGAGGACUCACUGCAUACUGGGUGGCCUUCUACAUCUCCUCAAUGUUUAAGCCCUGCGCCCGUCAAGACCUGUCUCCCACGUGCAUGUCCCUGGAGAGUCCACUGUCCAGCCAGCAAACUGUCUGUUAGCAGGCACAUGCAAUCGUCCAGGAAUCAGAAGAUAAGAGAAGAUGGACUACAGAAAGACAGGGAGAAUGUCAGAUAGCACAGGCGAGGAGCAGAGAGAAUUUUUUUUUAAAGAAAGUGAAUCAUUCUAAGAGAAGGAUAUGAUUAAAGAGUACAAUCUAACACACACUUGCUCUUUGGGGCAUACUGAUAUACAUUUACACAGUAAUCUAAUAUUCUCACACACACACACACACACACACACACACACACACACACACACACACACGUGAAAUACAAGAAGCACAUUUGACUGUCCAGUCAAACCCGUCCAGUGAAAAGAACUGCAUAGUAAUAUUACAGAUAUUUUUUUAUAUAUGAAAAAAAAUAAAAAUGUCUAUUUUUCAAGAGGAUUUGUUAGAAGCUGCUAAUGUUGAUAAUUUUCUUCUGAGAUGGAGGCAUUUGGUCAGUGCAGUUAGUUAGCUUUCAAAGCAGAACUUUUUGGUCUUGGGUGAGAAAGGAGAAAACGCCAGUCUCCUCUUUGUUUUUGAUCUUCUGCUCAGCUUGAAAAACAUCACCCAGCAGCUGUGAACUGAGACCAUUAGACCUCUGAUGUAAGUACAGCUCUGUACCAAGUAAUAAGGAACAAGCACUGGCUUCAACUUCAACCAUCUUUACCUUCUGAUGUGCUACUGCUUUAAUCAGACUGCCCUACAUUGAUAUGACAAAACAAAAACCUGUACGUAAGAAAAGAAAAAAUAGUAUUUGAGCUGUAAUACAACAUUAUCUUUCUUUUUGUGUAACCAGGGUAGUGGUGUGGAGGAAUCUGACCAGGUAACUUCCCUUCCACCACCACUACCACAUUUCUGUACUAACCACUUUGACUGUGUCUCAGAGGUGGAGGUUUGACUGAAUUUUGUAACCUUUGACCUUUGCCCCCGGACUCCAAUCUCUGAGCUGCACCUUGAUUUAUACCACUCUGACAGGAGAGCCGAUAUGGCUGCAACCCCAGCGGCCCUCCUGUGCAUCUUUAUUAAUAGCACUUGAACGUACAUAAUGGAACCUUUUAAUUAUAAUCAAUAUGAUAUAUUUUAUCACAAGUUUGAAUAAUCAGUGUUUAUUUUGUCAAACUCAUACACUAUAUUUGUUUUUGUUUUUCUUUACAUGAUAAUUAUUCAAAUUGAAUGUAAAUAGCUGUCAUUUUAUGAACCACACAGAAUUUCAUAAGUAUUAGUUCCAGUUUUGGACAGUUUUUACAUGUUUAAUAAGUGUUUGUAUUUACGUUUGUGUCAAUCAGGUACGGAGAGUUACUAUUGUAUCUGUUGUAACUACUAGACUGAGCCACAGAUAUUAUCAGAAAGCUAUAUUUUUUGUGUUCCCAGUUAUUGUUAUAUGUUUUGUCUGUGAAUGCCAGAAAGGCUGAAAUAACCACUGUACUCAAAAAAACCAAACCAAUAAAAUGAAUGUUGAAUGUG